AAAGAAAUCUGUGUCAGAGAGACUCACUAAAUAUUAAUCCUCAGAGGGAUGUGCUUGUAAAACUUUUGUCAAAACAAUUUAUCUCUGCUUCCCCUAGACUGACCCUUUUAAAACACGUGCCCUUCCUUAUUUCUUUGUAAUGGGCUAUCUCCAUAACUGUGACAAAGGAUUGUCGUACUUGUCUGGUUUUAUGAUGUCUGUAUUAGUUUUUCUCUUGCAGGUGAAAAUGAGUUCCUCGGUAAGAAGAAAAGGCAAGCCGGGCAAAGGAGGUGGAAAAGGGUCUUCUAGAGGAGGAAAGGAAGGCAGGAGUCACACGAGCAGAUCUCACGGGGGCGGUGGUGGUGGUGCCGGCAACAGGAAAGCCUCGAGCAGAACGUGGGAUGAUGGCAAUGACUUUUGCAUCUUCAGCGAAUCGAGGCGCUCAUCCAGGUCAUUAUGCUUUUGUAAUGUACCUAGCAACAGUAGCGUAAGAAAAGGAGAGGCACGCCCCAAAUGGAAGCCUGAAGCCAAAGUGCCCCUUCAAACCCUGCACAUGACUUCUGAGAACCAAGAGAAAGUGAAAGCUCUUCUCCGGGACCUCCAAGAACAAGAUGCGGAUGCUGGAUCUGAAAGAGGCAUUUCUGGGGAGGAGGAAGAUGACGAGCCUGAGUGUGAUGAUGAGCAGUACUGGUCUGCUGGACGAGAAGCUUCCCUUGUUCCUGACUGUGACCCUUUGGAAUAUGCUGGCUCAGGCCCAGUGGAGCCUCAUAGUCCAGAAUUUACAGUCUCAACAUUUGCAGUGCAGAAACUUUCCAGGUAUGGCUUCAACACUGAACACUGUCAGGCAGCCCUGAGGAUUUGUGAUGGAGAUGUGGGGGCUUCACUAGAACAUCUGCUCACACAGUGUUUUUCAGAGACAUUUGGGGAGAAGAUGAAGAUCUCUGAGGCAGUUGCCCAUGUAAGCUUGGAUGAGUGUGUGGAACAGCGGCAGGAAGAGGCAUUUGCUCUCAAGUCCAUCUGUGGAGAGAAAUUCAUAGAAAGAAUUCAGAACCGAGUCUGGACCAUUGGAUUAGAACUGGAGUAUUUGACGAGUAAAUUCUGCAAAUCCAAGCAAAAGGAAAGUACCAAAAAUGCACAGGACACUACACUUGAAAUCUGUAAAUUUUACCUCAAAGGAAAUUGCAAAUUUGGAUCAAGAUGCAAAUUCAAACAUGAAGUGCCCCCAAAUCAAAUUGUCGGAAGAGCAGAAAGAAUUGUAGAUGAUUCUCAUCUUAAUGUCCAUGAAGAUGCCUCUUUUUUAUAUGAACUUGAAAUUCGAUUUUCUAAAGACCACAAAUACCCUUACCAAGCUCCGCUUGUGGCAUUUUAUUCCACCAAUGAGAAUCUACCUCUGGCUUGUCGUUUACAUAUUUCUGAGUUCCUUUAUGGCAAGGCCUUGACAUUUGCAGAAACUUCAGAACCUGUUGUAUAUUCUUUGAUAACCCUCUUAGAGGAAGAAUCAGAAAUAGUCAACUUACUGACAAAUACCCAUCACAAGUACAGUGUCCCUCCUGUGAACUUUCUGCCAGUAUCCUCUGGGACCAGAAUAAAUAAUCCUGUCUGUCGUAAACCAGUGAUUCCAAGUAAUUCUUUUGCUUCAAAUCAAAUUCCUGAAGUUGAAAAAGAAUCAGAACCUGAGGAGGAGACAGAUGAGGAUGAAGGUCCUGCACCAGUUAUAGUGGAGAAUGAAAGCUAUGUGAACCUUAAGAAAAAGAUUUCCAAAAGAUAUGACUGGCAGGCAAAAUCAGUACAUGCUGAAAAUGCUAAAAUCUGCAAGCAGUUCCGAAUAAAACAGGCUUCCAGACAGUUCCAGUCAAUUCUGCAAGAAAGACAAUCACUCCCUGCUUGGGAAGAAAGAGAAACCAUUCUUAAGUUGUUGAGUGAGCACCAAGUGCUUGUUAUAAGUGGUAUGACUGGAUGUGGGAAAACUACACAGAUUCCUCAGUUUAUUCUGGAUGAUUCUCUGAAUGGACCACCUGAGAAAGUGGCUAACAUCAUCUGUACCCAACCCCGACGAAUCUCAGCAAUAUCUGUUGCUGAACGUGUUGCUAAAGAAAGGACAGAAAGAGUGGGUCUGACUGUGGGGUACCAGAUCCGGCUAGAAAGUGUCAAGUCCUCAGCCACCAGACUGUUAUACUGCACCACAGGCGUGCUGCUGAGAAGGCUGGAAGGAGACACAGCUCUCCAAGGAGUCACCCAUAUCAUUGUUGAUGAAGUUCAUGAGAGGACAGAAGAAAGUGACUUCUUGCUGCUAGUCUUGAAGGACAUUGUGUUGCAGAGACCAACUCUUCAAGUUAUUCUAAUGAGUGCAACUUUAAAUGCUGAGCUCUUUUCAGAAUAUUUCAGUUCCUGCCCAGUUAUUACUAUACCAGGUCGCACAUUUCCUGUUGAUCAGUUUUUUCUGGAAGAUGCAAUUGCUGUGACAAGGUAUGUGUUACAGGACGGGAGCCCAUAUAUGCGCUCCAUGAAGCAGAUGACAAAGGAGAAGCUGAAAGCAAGGCGCAGCAGAACUGCAUUUGAAGAAGUAGAGGAAGACCUGAGGCUCUCUCUUCACCUCCAGCCCCAGGAUUCUGUCAAAGAUGCAGUGCCAGAUCAACAGUUAGAUUUCAAGCAGCUCCUGGCCCGCUAUAAAGGGGUUAGCAAAUCGGUCAUCAAAACAAUGUCCAUCAUGGAUUUCGAAAAGGUGAAUCUUCAAUUAAUAGAGGCCUUGUUAGAGUGGAUUGUAGAUGGAAAGCACUCCUACCCUCCAGGUGCUAUACUUGUAUUUUUACCGGGACUAGCAGAAAUCAAAAUGCUAUAUGAACAGCUACAAUCUAAUUCUCUUUUCAACAAUAGACGCAGUCAUCGAUGUGUGGUUCACCCACUUCAUUCAUCUUUAUCCAGUGAAGAGCAGCAGGCGGUGUUUGUAAAACCCCCUGUGGGUGUAACAAAGAUUAUAAUUUCCACCAACAUUGCUGAGACAUCCAUAACCAUCGACGAUGUUGUCUAUGUCAUUGAUUCUGGGAAAAUGAAAGAGAAGAGAUAUGACGCCAGCAAAGGGAUGGAGAGCCUAGAGGAUACUUUUGUCUCUCAAGCCAAUGCUCUGCAGAGAAAGGGUCGAGCGGGCCGGGUUGCCUCUGGGGUCUGCUUCCACUUAUUCACCAGCCAUCACUUCAAUCACCAGCUGUUAAAGCAGCAGCUGCCAGAGAUCCAAAGAGUGCCGUUGGAACAGCUGUGUCUGAGAAUUAAAAUUUUAGAGAUGUUUAGCACUCACAAUCUCCAGUCUGUGUUCUCUCGGCUCAUUGAGCCGCCACACACUGACUCUCUCCGUGCCUCAAAAAUACGAUUACGAGACUUAGGAGCGUUAACUCCAGAUGAAAAGCUGACCCCCCUAGGGUAUCACUUGGCCUCUCUGCCCGUGGAUGUGAGAAUCGGCAAACUGAUGCUGUUUGGGUCUAUCUUCCGCUGUCUGGAUCCUGCCCUCACCAUUGCUGCCAGUUUGGCUUUUAAGUCUCCUUUUGUAUCUCCCUGGGAUAAAAAAGAGGAAGCUAACCAGAAAAAGCUAGAAUUUGCAUUUGCAAACAGCGACUAUCUGGCUCUUCUACGAGCAUAUAAGGGAUGGCAGCUAAGUACGAAAGAAGGAAUGCGUGCAAGUUACAAUUACUGCAGACAGAACUUCUUGUCUGGAAGAGUUCUUCAGGAAAUGGCCAGCCUCAAACGACAAUUCACUGAACUGUUAUCAGAUAUAGGCUUUGUAAAGGAGGGACUCAGAGCAAGGGAAAUUGAGAAAAGGGCCCAAGGAGGAGAUGGUAUCUUGGACGCCACAGGAGAAGAGGCAAACUCAAAUGCUGAGAACCCCAAGCUGAUAUCAGCAAUGCUGUGUGCUGCUCUUUAUCCAAAUGUAGUGCAGGUGAAAAGCCCAGAAGGGAAAUUUCAGAAGACCAGUACCGGAGCUGUCAGAAUGCAACCCAAAUCAGAUGAGUUGAAGUUUGUCACCAAGAAUGAUGGAUAUGUGCACAUUCACCCUUCCUCAGUGAACUAUCAGGUCAGACACUUUGACAGCCCCUACCUGGUGUACCACGAAAAGAUCAAAACUAGUCGGGUGUUCAUCCGAGACUGCAGUAUGGUGUCCGUGUACCCACUGGUCUUGUUCGGGGGAGGCCAAGUGAGUGUGCAGCUUCAGAGAGGGGAGUUUGUAGUGUCCUUGGAUGAUGGUUGGAUCCGUUUUGCGGCUGCUUCCCAUCAGGUGGCUGAACUAGUAAAGGAACUCCGCUGCGAACUUGACCAGCUUCUCCAGGAUAAGAUAAAAAACCCAAGCAUAGAUCUGUGUACAUGUCCUCGAGGAUCCCGGAUCAUCAGCAUGAUUGUGAAACUUGUCACCACACAGUAAAGACCAGUCUUAGGAGAGUGCUUGCUACUCCCCUGCUUCUUGCUCACCUGGGAAAUAAGAGCAGGACCUCUACCUCCAACCAGGCUCUGUGCUUGGGCUGCCCUGGUGAAGGAGCCCAGGGCAGGCACUGUGCAGUCAGCUGAGGCCCCACACACACUUAGGGAAGGUUCCCAGACCUUCUGUAUUUCGACAGAACAGGGACACUCCCUGCACAAUUUGGAGCGUCCGUGCGAGGCAGUCUAAAAACCAGCUUGCCUGUCUUUUUCUCUGUGACUAUCCCGGAAUGAAUGAAAUUCACCUCAUCAUACAAAAGUGAAUGUUUAAUACGAUUCUGUUUUAAUCUAUGUAUUUUUUUCUCUCCUGCUUUUUUACUAGGGUGAGAUAGGAGCAUGAGGAGAAAUACUGAAUGUUUUUUUCUAUCAUAAAGGCUCAUCUGAAAGAAGUUAGAACAGAGAAGGACAAAAAAAAAUCGUGAGCGAGAAAAAUUAAAAUUUCAUUUUUAGGCUAUUGGCUAUAAAGUAAACUUAAUCUGUAAGGGAUUUUUAUUUUUACUCAUUAAAGUUCAGCCUAAAAAACAAA